GUCAGUGAUUUUCUAGGGAGAUUUCAUUUCUUGUUCUCUCUGUUCUGUGUUGUACACCUCCAGUGUUUUGUGAAUUAUUGGCGAUAAAAGUGUUAAAACCCCCUCAAUAAUGUCUCUCUUCGGCUCAUUAAUGGGCGAUAUUGAUGAGGAUCCGUUUUUCGGCUCCCAUAUGAAUAUGAUGCGCCAGAUGAACACCAUGAUGAAUUCCUUCUUUUCCGACCCAUUCUCGAUGGGUUUCGGGGAUUUCGAGCGCGGCCCCCGUAUGAGCAACUCCCUUAUGCCUUUCUCAAUGCCAAUUAUGCCAAAUUUCAACCGGCUGUUGAGCGGCUCAUUGGACUCCCUCGCGGCGCACAGUUACAGUUCCAGUACUGUGGUUAGCAUGUCAUCGGGGCCCGACGGCCGCCCCCAAGUGUACAAAGCCACCUCGAGCACACGCACGGCCCCUGGGGGCAUCAAAGAGACACAAAAGACAGUCACUGACACCAGAUCGGGGACCAAGAAAAUGGCAAUCGGGCACCACAUCGGCGAGCGGGCCCACAUCAUAGAAAAAGAGCAAAACAUGCACACUGGCGACCGCGAGGAAAGACAAGAUUUCAUCAAUUUGGAUGAGGAGGAAGCCGAGGAUUUUAACAAGGAAUGGGAGACUAAGACUAGGAGUCGCUCGGAGAUCCCGAGGAUCAGUUCAGGAAGUGUGAGGAAUAGACAUGCGUAUGGGAAUCCAGGAGUGCUGGCUAUCACUGGAGGGCCCAGUAGACGUCGGCAAAGACAGUCAGCCCCCUUGGUCUCCCCUCGUAGAAGUAUAAGAUCGUCGCCGUUAACUGUGCCCCAAUCGUCGGCUAGCUCGUUGUCGUCAGCUAGGACUCCUUAUAGUCCCCCAGGUCAAGCCCAAAAUGUCAGGAAGAGCAAAAAUGUGAAGACGGUGUCAGGGUCACCACCACCACCACCUGCAGAUCUUAAUUAAAUGUUACCUUCAAAAGUAAUUAUAUUUUUUGUAAUCGGGAAAUUAUUUAUUUUAUUCUAGACAAAAAUAGUACAAUUGUCAUGGAUUCAUUUCACUAAUUUCACACUUGUGUGUAAACUCCUAAACUCAAAUAUGAUUAAUUGUAUGACGUAUGUAUUGUAAUGUUGUUGGGUGAUGUCAUUGUAAAACCGAGAUUUAUGCUAUUUAUACUUAAGGCAAUUAGAUUAUUCGCGUUAGGUUAGUUUCUGAAUUUGUAUUAUAUUAGUUAAGGUUGAUUGUAUCUUAAUUUGAAAUAAAAGUAAUGGAGUCAA